AGGAGAAUACAGAAGUCAGAUACUGAACCAAAGUCAUUCUUCCAAUUCAGGAGCUACCAGAAGACUCUGUGACUCCCGGCUCUCUGCUGCUGAACGUGCUGGGCAAGGAAAAUGCUGCCCGUUUGCCUUCUUCUUGCUGCCGUAUGUCUGCAGGGGAGCCUGCUGCAGGAGGCCGGGACCAGGGACCAGAGAAAGCCAUUCUUUGAAAGGUUUAGGAGACUCGAGGAGCAGUUUCGUCGGUUUCAGGAGGUGACACUGUUGCGUCUCCAGGGGAUCGCCGGGAACUACAACAUUUCCUACAACAUCGACACCAGGUUCCAGCACCUGGCAGAUCAGUAUGACACUGUCGCGAAUGCUCUCAACAUGUCGCAUGCUGCCCUGCGGGAGGACCUGGGCUUUUUGAAAACCUGGAUGAAGAAGCUACAGAGAAGAACCAAAAAGCUGGCUUCUAAACUCUCGGCAUUGGCUGAGUCCCUGAGCGAAAGCCAUAAGCAGAGCUCUGUGGAGAGGCUGCAGCAGAGCGCUCUCCUGUCCAACCUAACCCUGCAGACUGCAGGCCACACGGCAGACCUCACCAUCCUGCGCGCCAGCAGGAACACCCUACAGAAAGAGCUGGAGAGCCUGCGGGAGACCAGUCGGAGCCAGGGAACCAAACUGGAGGCUCUGGAGCAGCAGCUGAAGAACACGCUGCACAAGGAGGUCCUGGCAUCUGGGCACCAUGAGCUGGCUGUGGCCCAAAGACUGAACCAGACACCCCAGGACAAGCUGCCGGAGGCAGGGGGAAGCCAGGGACACAGCGUGAAGAAGCUGCAUGCCAAGCACAAACAAAGGAAGAAACUGGGGGAGAAGAUGCAGCAUCUCCUGGUCCAAGCUGCAAAGAGGAGGCUGCAGAGUAGCCUGUUCCAUGGCAAUAAGACCCCCGGGCAGGAGAGACAGCCAGAGACACUCACUGUGCCAGAGCCACAAGCUGCCAGGCAGCAGCUCCGCAGGGUUGCCAAGAUCUCACAAGAGCAGCUGCAGUCACCGUCACCUGAGAAGCCAGGCACAAUCUGCAAUGUGGAUUCCAUGCUGCUUUUCCCCAACGCUUCCACUGAAAACUUUGCCACCUUCGGCCAGGGGUUCCAGACUGGCCUGCACGAGCUGUCAGUUUGCAGCUGGGUAAGCACCCACGCUCGCUCCCUGGGCACUAUCCUGUCCUAUGCCACGGAGGAGAAUGACAACAAGCUCGUCCUGCACGGCCGGAACACCGCAGCCCUGGCCUCCAUCCACUUCGUCAUCGGUGACCCAGCUUUCCGGGAGCUGCCGGUGGGGCAGCUCCUGGAUGGCAGGUGGCACCACAUGUGUGUCAUCUGGUCCUCCAUCCAAGGCAAGUACUGGUUCUAUGUGGACAGGAGACUGGCAUCCACAGGCUCCAAGUUCCAGGAGGGCUAUGAGAUCCCCCCUGACGGGUCGCUUGUUUUGGGUCAGGAGCAGGAUGUGGUUGGGGGUGGGUUUGACCCCUCAGAAGCCUUUGUGGGACGCCUGGCUGGCCUUGCCAUCUGGAACCGCACUCUGAUGCCUGGGGAGGUUUCCAGCAUAGCCAUUGGUAAGGGUCUGCCCCGUGGCACUAUCCUGAAGCUGGCUGAUGUCUCCUCUCUGAAUGGAUCAAUACAGAAGGUGAAUUGCACCUGCUUGGAACGCUGUUUGUAA